GCGCAAUAGAUUUGAAUUCCAUCUUCUUGUCAACGAAUUAUUAAAAGGGAUUCGUGAUUGGAAGUGAUUGAAAUAUAUUAUUGUACAGCGCUGCAAUUCGGUUUUCAAAAUAGUUCAUCCAACUUCCCGACUUGGCGAUGGGAAGGAAGCUUCGCGGAAACACGACAACCGGUAGAACAGGUUUUGUUUAAUCCCUUCUGUCAAUCAAAGGGAAUUUUAUAUUGCGGAAAAUUCCACGUGGGUGUUGAAUUUUCGCUGCGGUUUCAUGUUUUGAGACCUACGUGGUGGUUGAAUGGCCUUUGACAAGGCCGGGAAGAAGAACAAAUUCAUGGAGCUUGCUAAUGCGGAGCCUGUUGCUAAUGGGGAGUUGGAUGAAUUGGAUAGGGAAACUUCAGCACACCUUCUCUUGCGGGAGGCCGGUCUGUCCCAUCACUUUCCGGGCAUGGUGAGGAAGAGAGCGUACAUAUUUGAUGGAUAUGGGAGCUACUACAAUAAGGAUUGGGAUCUUACUGAGGGUAGAGGAAAUGAGUUUUGUUGGUAUCAUGUAGAACUCCCAAAAGGAAAUCAAAAACUGUCACAAUCUGCACAGUACCUCAUAGACGUUCUUUGCCCGCCUUUGAAACUUCAGGACAUUCUCUCCCUUGUCAGCAAUGGACCCUUUUGUGGACAUGUUGAUGGGGCGCUUGUCUUCAGAGUGAAUUCACCUGGCCCUCCAUCUUCUGAUUUUACAUUCAGAAUUGCUGCUAGAAUUACUGAGAAUUCUGUCAUCACCGUGUCUUUGGGUCGCGUUCCCCGAUUAGGAUUCUCCCCGGUUGGUCAGUCUCUUCUCUCAGAGGUUCCUAGUGUGGAGAUCCCCUCCCACUUUAGAAGUGAGCGGAGAGAAAGUGGGGGCAUUGUAAUUAGGGAGCAUGUUCUUGAAUUCUUAUUGACAAUGAACCACUCGGAGGAGGCUGAUAAUCCUGUGCCGAUGUCCCUCUCAAAUCUAGUUGUUCAUAUUAUUGAUACACAUGUGGAUCACCUUCAAGAUGUGGUGACUAAGCUUGAGAUUGAGUUAGAUUCCGUGGAGCUUGAAAUGGAUAAAGGUGGAUUUGCCUUGAAAAAACAAAUGCUCGAUGACCGAAGAUUCCCCAAAAUGAACCUUAAUUUGCAGCGGCUCCUGCAGGUGAUUGCACACGGGGAACAAGUCUUUCCACGAGUGAGAGAAAAGUGUUCUUCUAAACAAUGGUUUGCCAGUGAAGACAUCAGCUCACUCGAGGAAUUGGUUGGACGUUUAAGAAGGUUGAAGGAGAAUGUGGGAUUUUUGGCGAAUCGCGUCACUGCUAUACAGGCUGGUCUCGAUAGCUGGCAAGCCGAGCAAAUUAACAAGAAACUCUAUUAUCUAUCAUUUCUUUCAAUCAUAUUCUUACCAUUAUCGGUCGUUACUGGAGUAUUUGGUAUGAAUGUUGGUGGAGUACCAUGGACAGAUCAGAAAAAUCCAGAGUUGAAAGACGGGUUUCGUAACGUCAUGUUUCUCUGCAUUGUAAUGCUAAUAGCGGUGCUGCUCUGCUUCAGUUUCCCGGCUCUUUAUACCUACCUAGCAGCAUGGCAUCGGCGGAGGAAGAUGAGAAAGAGCUGGUCUCUCAACAGAAAAUCUUUUCUGAAGAGAACUGUAAGAAAUAAUGGGGUUGAAGGUAGGGGAGGAGGUGGUUAUCUUCGGAUCUGACGAUAUGCAUCCUUUCCAUCCGUACUCAUUUCGUUACAUCCAUCCAAAAGACCAGACGAACAUGCCUUUUGAAGACCCAGCUUCUCGGUCUCGAUCUUGGGUGAUUUGUAAGUUAAACCAUUGAACUACCAUUGCUUGUCGAACCCCGAUUGAUCGGUAAAUAUUGAACAAAAAUCUUGCAUUACUGUAUCCUCCCUUACCCUGGUAGACAGACUGGCUUGAAAGAACUUGGUUGCAGUUUGUUUCAGGUCAAUGAGGUUAGCCAGUUCUAUCCUAACAGUAUUUUUUUUUCCCUUUUCUUUAACAUUUGUAAGCUCUUGACAUGUACAGUUUCUUUUAUUCUUUUCUUCUUUUUUCUCCCACAGAGAUUUGUAUUGUUUUUUGGCAGCUUUCAAUGCCUUUGAUCAGUUCCUCACUGGACUGUUGUACUUGUUAACUUCCACCAAUGAUUUAUUGUAACUGUUAGCAACUUCUUUUUUU